CAACUGAGUCUGCAAUGAAUUAUGACAUGCCUGCAGUUUUGUAGUACACCAUUAUUUGAUGGUUCGUGUCGUUUCAUUGAUCCACAGACUAUACAAUCCAUUCAGCAAUGCCAUUUGCUGCUUAGCAAUCUUAAUACAGUCUUAAGCUGUUUUGCAACAGAGGCACAAGAGAUCACGGAAAGAGGCCGUAUGAACUUAACCAAUAAAUGUGUGGUUUCCCAGCUCAUCUGUCAGUAUGCACAAAUGGUUCUCUGGUUCUCUCAUUCUGGGCUUUUACCAGAGGGCUUAGAUGAUGCUGUGCAGUUGUCAAGGUUAUGCUACAACUACCCUGUAAUUCAGAGCUACUACACCAGUCGUCGGCAGAAGUGUGAGCUUUUAUCAAGUGGUAAAUGGAACUCUGACUAUUUGAUGAUCGAUGGAAUGGUUUCUCAGUUAGGAGAUCGAGUUGAGAAAUUGUGGAAACGAGAUGAAGGAGGCACAGGAAAAUACCCUCCUCCUAGUCUGCAUGCACUACUUGACAUAUACCUACUAGACGACGUUACUGAAACAAGCAAACAUUUUAUUACCAUUUAUUUGUUACUUGAUAUUAUGUAUUCAUUCCCAAACAAAACAGAUACUUCAAUUGAAUCAUUUCCAACUGCCUUUGCCAUUUCUUGGGACCAGGUUAAACUUAUUCAAGGAUUUUGGCUGAUCGAUCAUAAUGACUAUGAGACUGGUUUGGAUCUUCUGUUUCAUCCAGCUACUGCAAAACCUUUCUCAUGGCAGCAUUCAAAGAUUAUCCAAGCCUUUAUGAGCCAGGGCGAGCACAGACAAGCCCUCAGAUAUAUUCAGACAAUGAAGCCAACCGUGUCCAGUGAUAGUGAUAUUAUCCUUCACAUCACUGUUUUGCUUUUUAAUAGGUAAGUACAUACUUUGAAAGGAUAAUCAAACUUUUGAUCUUAACUGUUAAUAUAAUGGUAUUGAUGAAGUAUGUAGUAGCGAUAUAUAUUUCGCUUU